AUGAGUGAAUCCGCACAGCCCCCCGCUGCCGCUCCUGCUGCAGGAGAGGCCAAGCCCAAGACCCCCAAGCAGCUGGAAAACGAGAGAAAGAAGGCCGAGAAGCUGGCCAAGUUCAACGCCAAACAGGCUGCUAAGAAGGACGCUCCCAAGAAGGAGGCUGCCCCUAAGAAGGCAAAGAAGGAGGUUGAGCCUGUUCCCGAGUUUGUCGACAAGACUGUCAAGGGCGAGAAGAAGAUUCUUGUGUCUCUGGAUGAUCCUGCUCUCAAGUCUUACAACCCUGCCACAAUCGAAUCUUCGUGGUACGAGUGGUGGGAGAAGCAGGGAUACUUUGAGCCUGAGCUCAAGGCCGACGGAUCUCCCAAGGACAAGGGUCUCUACGUCAUCCCCAUUCCUCCUCCUAACGUCACUGGAGCUCUCCAUAUUGGACAUGGUCUCACCGUUGCCCUUCAGGAUGGUCUGAUUCGAUUCCACCGAAUGAAGGGAAAGACUGUUCUUUACGUCCCCGGUUUCGACCACGCCGGUAUCUCGACUCAGUCUGUUGUUGAGAAGAUGCUGUGGGCCAAGGAAAAGAAGACGCGACACGAUCUGGGCCGAGAAAAGUUCACCGAUCUGGUCUGGGAGUGGAAGGAGGACUACCACGUUCGAAUUAAGAACCAGUUGAAGAAGCUCGGUGCUUCGUACGACUGGUCUCGAGAAGCCUUCACUCUGGACCAGCCCCGAACCAAGGCUGUCAACGAGGCCUUCUGCCGACUGCACGAAGAGGGCGUCAUCUACCGAGCCUCCCGUCUCGUCAACUGGUGUGUUGCCCUUAACACUACCCUGUCUAACCUAGAGGUUGAGAACAAGGAGAUUGAUGGCUUCACUAAGAUGAACGUUCCCGGCUACGACGAGCCCGUUGAGUUUGGUGUCCUCACCCACUUCUCCUACAAGGUCACUGGCUCCGACGAGAAAUUGACCGUUGCCACCACUCGAGUCGAGACCAUGUUUGGAGACACUGGUAUUGCUGUUCACCCCGACGAUAAGCGAUACGCUCAUCUCCACGGCAAGACUGUUGACCACCCCUUCCUGGACCGAACCAUUCCCAUUGUCACUGAUGCCGAGGCUGUCGACAUGGAGUUUGGAACCGGAGCCGUCAAGAUCACUCCUGCCCAUGACCCCAACGAUUACCUGACCGGUAAGCGACAGAACCUCGAGUUUGUCAACAUCCUUAAUGACAACGGUACUCUCAAUGAGGCCUGUGGCGAUUUUGCCGGUCUCAAGCGAUUCGAUGCCCGAAAGAAGGUCAUUGAGAAGCUCAAGGAGGUUGGUCUGUUUGAGAACCAGACCGCCAACCCCAUGUCGGUUCCCACCUGUGCCAAAUCUGGAGACGUCAUUGAGCCUCUCCUCAAGCCCCAGUGGUGGGUCCGAAACAAGGAGCAGGCUGAUGUUGCCAUGGAGGCUGUUCGAGAUGGCCGAAUCACCAUCACCCCUAAGACCUCCGAGUCCGAGUACUUCCAGUGGCUCGGCAACAUCCAGGACUGGUGUAUCUCUCGACAGCUGUGGUGGGGUCACCGAGCUCCCGUCUACUUUGUCAACCUCGAGUCUGAGGCCGAUCAGGACAAGGAGGACGGCAAGUGGUGGAUUGCUGGCCGAACCGAGGACGAGGCCCGAGAAAAGGCCGCUGCCAAGUUCGGAACUGACAAGUUUACCCUCGAGCAGGACGAGGAUGUUCUCGAUACGUGGUUCUCCUCCGGUCUGUGGCCCUUCUCUCUGCUCGGAUGGCCCGACAAGACCAAGGACAUGGAGACGUUCUACCCCAUGACCAUGCUGGAGACUGGCUGGGAUAUUCUCUUCUUCUGGGUCGCCCGAAUGAUCAUGCUGGGUAUCAAGCUCACUGGCGACAUCCCCUUCCGAGAGGUGUUCACCCACUCUCUGGUUCGAGACGCCCAGGGCCGAAAGAUGUCCAAGUCUCUCGGUAACGUCAUUGACCCUCUGGACGUCAUUUCAGGUAUCCCUCUCAAGGACCUGCAUGCCAAGCUGCACCAGGGUAACCUGGACCCCCGAGAGGUCAAGAAGGCCGAGGACGGACAGACCAUGUCUUUCCCCAACGGUAUCCCUGAAUGCGGUACCGACGCCAUGCGAUUCGCCCUUUGUGCCUACACCACCGGAGGUCGAGACAUCAACCUUGAUAUUAACCGAGUCGAGGGCUACCGAAAAUUCUGCAACAAGAUGUACAACGCCACCAAGUUUGCUCUCAUGCGUCUUGGCGACGACUACGUCCCUCCUGCUAGCGACGCUCCCGGCAAGGACCUCUCUCUCGUCGAGAAGUGGAUUCUGCACAAGUACACCCAUGCUGCCAAGACUGCUGAUGAGGCUCUGCAGCACAACAACUUCAUGGACUCCACCACCGCCGUCUACAACUUCUGGCUCUACGAACUGUGUGACGUUUACAUUGAGAACUCCAAGUUCUUGAUUCUCAGCGGUACACCCGAACAGCAAAAGUCCGCUCGAGACACUCUCUACACUUGUCUGGAGGGUGCCAUCAAGAUGAUGCAUCCCUUCAUGCCCUACCUCACCGAGGAGUUGUGGCAGCGACUCCCCCGACGAGUCGGCGACAAGACUGAGACCAUCAUGCGAGCCUCCUACCCCGAGUUCAACCCUGCCUUUGAUAACGCCGAGGCCGAGAAGGGCUACGAUCUGGUUCUGGAUAUUGUCAAGGCCGCUCGAUCUCUGCUGGCCCAGUACGGCAUUCUCAAGGACUCCCAGAUCAUUGUCCAGGGCUCCGACGCCGUGUCCAAGACCGUUGGUGAGCAGACCGAGUCGAUUCUGUCGCUGGUCAAGGCCGCCAACAAGGUGCAGUCCAUUUCUUCUUCCGACUCUGCACCUGACGGAUGUGUUGUUUCUGUCGUCAGCCCUGAGUGCUCUGUCUACAUCCUUGUCAAGGGUCUCGUUGACCUCGACGCCGAGAUCAAGAAGGCCCACACCAAGAUCGAGAAGUGCGAGAAGUCCAAGGCUUCGCUCGAGAAGCAGAUGGCCGUUAAGGACUACGAGACCAAGGUGCGAGCCGACGUCCAGGAGUCUAACACCAAGCGAUUUGAGGCUCUGACCGCCGAGAUCGAGGGUCUCAACUCCAUGGUUGAGGACUUCAAGAAGCUUUCUGCUUAG